UGCCCGGCGCGGGGAGCGGCGAGCGCAGCCAUGCCCCAGGCCGCCUCCGGGGCAGCAGCAGCGGCGGCCGAGGCCGGGACGCGGGCGGGGGGUGACCGGGGGCCGGCGGCGGCCCGGGCGGGACGAUGAAGCGGCAGAACGUGCGCACGCUGGCGCUCAUCGUGUGCACCUUCACCUACCUGCUGGUGGGCGCCGCGGUCUUCGACGCGCUAGAGUCGGAGCCUGAGAUGAUCGAGCGGCAGCGGCUGGAGCUGCGGCAGCAGGAGCUGCGGGCGCGCUACAACCUCAGCCAGGGCGGCUACGAGGAGCUCGAGCGCGUCGUGCUGCGCCUCAAGCCGCACAAGGCCGGCGUGCAGUGGCGCUUCGCCGGCUCCUUCUAUUUCGCCAUCACCGUCAUCACCACCAUCGGCUAUGGCCACGCAGCGCCCAGCACGGAUGGCGGCAAGGUGUUCUGCAUGUUCUACGCGCUGCUGGGCAUCCCACUCACGCUGGUCAUGUUCCAGAGCCUCGGCGAGCGCAUCAACACCUUCGUGAAGUACCUGCUGCACCGCGCCAAGCGGGGGCUGGGCAUGCGGCGCGCCGACGUGUCCAUGGCCAACAUGGUGCUUAUCGGCUUCUUCUCAUGCAUCAGCACACUGUGCAUUGGCGCUGCCGCCUUCUCCUACUACGAGCACUGGACCUUCUUCCAGGCCUACUACUACUGCUUCAUCACGCUGACCACCAUCGGCUUCGGCGACUACGUGGCGCUGCAGAAGGACCAGGCGCUGCAGACGCAGCCGCAGUAUGUGGCCUUCAGCUUCGUCUACAUCCUCACCGGCCUCACGGUUAUCGGCGCCUUCCUCAACCUCGUGGUGCUGCGCUUCAUGACCAUGAACGCCGAGGACGAGAAGCGCGACGCCGAGCACCGCGCGCUGCUCACGCGCAACGGGCAGGCGGGCGGGAGCUGCGGCGGCGGGGGAGGCGCGGGCGGCAGCGCGCACACCACCGACACCGCCUCGUCCAGCGCGGCGGCGAGCGGCGGGGGCGGCUUCCGCAACGUGUACGCCGAGGUGCUGCACUUCCAGUCCAUGUGCUCGUGCCUCUGGUACAAGAGCCGCGAGAAGCUGCAGUACUCCAUCCCCAUGAUCAUCCCGCGGGACCUCUCCACGUCCGACACGUGCGUGGAGCAGAGCCACUCGUCGCCGGGAGGGGGAGGCCGCUACAGCGACACGCCCUCGCACCGCUGCCUCUGCAGCGGGGCGCAACGUUCCGCCAUCAGCUCCGUGUCCACGGGCCUGCACAGCCUGUCCGCCUUCCGCGGCCUCAUGAAGCGCAGGAGCUCCGUGUGAACGCCCCGCGGGGCCUGGAGCACCCGGGAGCGCGGGCGGGGCGGGGCUCCUGCCCCAAGGAGCAGCAGGGGUUGGCGAGGGGGCCUCCUCAGCCGCCUUUAGCCCGUGGGGCGCCCCCCCACACCCCUCACCACCUUUCCCCAGCCCUCCCCCAUCUCCGACUGUGCCUGCUUGCACCAGCCGGCAGGAGCCGGGGCUCUGAGGACCCCUGGAGCCCCCAUCUGCGCCCUGCAAAUUCCGAGAAAUGUGAAACUUGAGAGGGGAGGUGUAGUGGGGAGGGAAGCCAGAACCUGGGAGCCUCCCAUCACUUUGGAAAUCUAAGGAGCUCCCCAGUCCUCAGAGGCCCUGUUGGUACCCAGACCUCCCCCACCCCCCACCCUAUAUCCGGAGGGGACUUCGUGUUCCGUAUACGUUUGCAUCUCUAUUUAUACCUCUGUCCUGCUAGGUCUCCCACCUUCCCUUGGCUCCAAAAGCCAGGGUGUCUUUGUCCAGGUCACCCCCACCCAGUCCACUCCCCUUUCUCAUCCCCAGCUGUGUCUCCCAACCUCCAGCGACCCUCUGUGUUGUUUUGCAUGGCUUUGCAGUUAUGGAGAAAGUGGAAAACCAGCAGUCCCUAAAGCUAGUCCCCAGAGGGCAGGCAGACAGAAGGAAGGACAGACAGGCUGCAGAAAGAGGAGUGACCCUCCAGGCUGCAGGGUGGUCCCACUGGCAGAUGAGAGCUAACUGGAUUCCAGUCACACUCUCAGAGUGGUCAAGGGGAAUCCAGCCUUCCAGAUACUACCCUUGGAAUCAAACAGAAAACUUCAUACUUGCCAUCCUGGCCACUACUGACAAUUACCAACUCUGACAGCUGUGGAAUGGGUUUUAGCCUCCGAAAACCCUGUCCUGACUACUCAUCAUUUGGUUCUUACAACACUCCAGUUAGGUCACCAUGGCAGGAGCCCUCAUCCCCACUUUACAAAUGACAGUGAGACCCAGACAGGUGACGUGACUUGCCCAAGGUGACAGAGAUAGCAAAAGGCAAAGGGGAACAAGAACCCAGGCUACUUGUUCCCAGCUUGAGUUCCCUUUCCUUCCGACUCCUCUGCCCACUCCUGAAAGCGAGCCUCCUGCCCUGUACACUGGCAUCGUGUGGGCAACUAGGUCCUGAACCAGACCCAGAGGCCAGGCCUGAGCCAGUGCUGGUACUCAGCCUCUAUUCCACUUGGCGAGGAGGCAGGACUCUGAAUGGGCCCCCGAGGCAGGGUAGGACACCUCAGUCUCUAGACUCCCUGCUUACAAACAGGGAAGUCCUCGGGACCAAAGUAAGAAAGGUGGCAUCUCACCCAGAAAAGGCCAGGAGCUGGGGUUCUAGGAGUUUGGGAAUCGGGCAGAGUGAUCUGAAGAGCUGGCGGGGAUAUCCUACUGGGACAUUAUCCCUGGCGCCACAGCCCAUGUUGGUGCCUGUGUCCCAAGUAGCUAGAGAUAAGCUAAAGCUGCAGCAAGUAACACCCCUCCCAGGUGGGGUGCUUGGACAUGGUGUGCCCACUGCCUCUCCCCCCCUGCAACCCAGAAGCCCAGAAGCAGAUGGAGGUGAGACCCUAAGCUCCACUGUGGGGACACACAGCUAGAGCUGCUACCUUGACUCAGGACAGCAAAAGGGGUGGGUGAGGGGCCUCUCCCCACUCAGUACUGCCCUCCCAUGCUGUUCCCAUGUCAGCUCCUUAACACUGCUGAGCAAGGCCAGUCCUGGCAUUCAGGAAAGAUGGAGUAGGGGGCCCACAGGGUGAUCAGCCUCAGCCCCACCCAGCCAUCUGCUCAGCCUCUGGAAACCCCUAGGAGAGAAGAAGUCUGGCCUGGCCUGUGUGUGAGUCCUGCCUCACUGGGAGGAGCUGACUGUCCACAUGCCAAGGAGAACAGGGCCCAGGACCCAGGGGUGUCCUCUGUGUUUAUGUCGGGGUGGGAGGCACUGCUGGAUGCCUCUGUCCUGUGUGUGACCCUGCCCUCGAGGGGUCCUGUCCUGUCAGUCCCGAGGGAGCCACAACCAAAGUUGCAGGGAAAUGGUGGGGAAGGAGGCUGAAUGGCCCUGGGCUGAGCGUGGCAGAUGGCUCCGUCUCAGCUAGGUCUUUCCCAGGGUACUGGAAGGCCAGUGUUGCUUCCCCCUCACCCCUCCCACUGCAGGCAGCCUUUCUGCUUCCCCAAUGCCUUAUGCCUGGGCACACUGCCACAGAAUAUGCAAUAUGUGUGGGUGACAUGCCCCCACACCCACACCCCCACCCCGGGCAGCCCCUGGACCCCAAAGGCUGCGGCUGCCAUCGCCUCCCUUCAGCCCCUCCUGCCUAUCUGUCUUCACACUGAGAAUGGCGCCUAAUAAAUGCUGUCAUGGAGACCAGG